UCCGUCAAAACCCUCGCUCACCAACAUCCUAAAGGGUUCAUCGCCACUCCCCCCCUUCCCUAUCCAGAAGUCCACUCCUUUUCUCCGGCGAAUCCAUGGCGCCUGUUCUAUCCAGGUGCAGCUUAGGCACUUCCUUUACCGCUUCUCUCCACCCUCCUUCCAUCGCUGUGAGGUCGAAUUCUGCUCGAGCUCUGAGGUUCCGGACCUCCUCGUUCGUUCCUAUGCCGCUCCAGUCAAGGGGCUUGUUUGCUACCGCCGGUCUUCGAUGCAAGGGUGAGCGGAUGAGGCGAGGGAUGGGCAUCCGGUGCGACGCGGCCGUCGCCGAGAAGGGCGCCGAGGAGGCCUCAGGGGACAAGUUUCAGUACCAGGCCGAGGUCAGCCGAUUGCUGGAUCUGAUUGUUCAUAGUCUGUACAGCCACAAAGAGGUGUUUCUUAGGGAACUUGUAAGCAAUGCAAGUGAUGCUCUGGACAAGUUGAGAUUUUUGAGUGUGACUGAUCCUUCACUACUUAGUGAUGCUGGUGAUUUGGAGAUACGCAUCAGGCCUGAUGCAGAUAAUGGAACCAUAACAAUAACAGAUACUGGUAUUGGGAUGACCAAAGAAGAGCUAAUUGAUUGCCUUGGAACUAUUGCUCAGAGUGGAACAUCAAGAUUUCUAAGUGCUCUGAAGGAAAACAAAGAUCUUGGGACAGACAAUGGUUUGAUUGGACAGUUUGGUGUUGGUUUUUAUUCUGCAUUCCUUGUUGCUGAGCGGGUUGUGGUGUCAACAAAAAGUCCAAAAUCUGAUAAACAGUAUGUAUGGGAAGCAGUUGCAGAUAGUAGUUCAUAUGUCAUAAAAGAAGAAACUGAUCCUGAGAAGCUAAUAAAACGUGGCACACAGAUCACUCUAUUUUUAAGACCUGAUGAUAAGUUUGAAUUUGCGGACCCAUCACGUAUCCAAGGAUUGGUCAAGAAUUACUCUCAGUUUGUUUCCUUUCCCAUAUAUACUUGGCAGGAGAAAUCAAGGACGGUGGAGGUUGAGGAAGAAGAGGAACUGAAAGAAGGAGAGGAGCCCAAGCCUGAGGGUGAAAAGAAGAAGAAAACUGUAACUGAGAAGUAUUGGGACUGGGAAUUGGCAAAUGAGACCAAACCUAUAUGGAUGCGAAAUCCCAAGGAAGUUGAGAAAGAUGAAUAUAAUGAAUUCUACAAGAAGACAUUCAAUGAGUUCCUGGAUCCUCUUUCUUACACACACUUCACCACUGAGGGUGAGGUGGAAUUUAGAAGUGUUCUCUAUAUACCUGGGAUGGCCCCUCUAAAUAAUGAGGAUAUAAUAAAUCCCAAGACCAAAAACAUCCGCUUGUAUGUCAAACGAGUGUUUAUUUCUGACGAUUUUGAUGGUGAAUUGUUUCCUCGGUAUUUAAGUUUUGUGAAGGGUGUAGUUGAUUCGAAUGAUCUUCCUCUCAAUGUUUCACGUGAGAUCCUUCAAGAAAGUCGAAUUGUAAGGAUUAUGCGAAAGAGACUUGUUAGGAAGACAUUUGACAUGAUUCAAGAGUUAUCUGAGAACGAAGAUAAAGAGGACUAUAAGAAAUUCUGGGAGAAUUUUGGCAAGCUUCUAAAAUUGGGUUGUAUUGAAGACUCUGGAAACCACAAGCGGUUGACUCCAUUGCUGCGCUUUUACUCUUCCAAGAGUGAGGAAGAAUUGAUAAGCUUGGAUCAAUACGUUGAAAAUAUGGGUGAAAACCAAAAUGCUAUAUAUUACUUGGCAACAGACAGCCUUAAAAGUGCCAAGACUGCCCCAUUCCUGGAAAAACUUGUCCAAAAGGAUAUUGAAGUACUGUAUCUUGUGGAACCCAUUGAUGAAGUUGCCAUACAAAAUCUCCAGACAUACAAAGAAAAGAAGUUUGUUGACAUCAGCAAAGAAGACCUUGAAUUAGGAGAUGAAGAUGAGGUGAAGGAAAGAGAAGAAAAGCAAGAGUACAAUCUUCUCUGCGACUGGAUGAAACAGCAGCUUGGUGACAAGGUAGCAAAAGUCCAGAUUUCUAAAAGGCUUAGCUCCUCGCCUUGUGUACUUGUUUCUGGCAAGUUUGGUUGGUCAGCAAACAUGGAAAGACUAAUGAAAGCACAGACACUCGGUGACACAUCGAGCUUGGAGUUCAUGCGAGGGAGAAGAAUUUUCGAAAUCAAUCCUGAUCAUCCCAUUGUGAAAGAUUUGAAUGCUGCCUGCAAGAUUGACUCAAGCAGUGCAGAAGCAAAGAGGGCCGUGGAUUUACUAUAUGACACAGCACUAAUAUCCAGUGGUUAUACUCCUGACAGUCCUGCUGAAGUGGGAAACAAAAUCUAUGAGAUGAUGGCCUUGGCACUUGGUGGAAGGUGGGGAAGAACAGACUCACUGGGAGCAGCAGAAGAAGCUGAUGCCGAAGCAACAAGCUCUGAGGGCAGCUUUGAGACAGCAGAGGCAGAGGUGGUCGAACCAUCGGAAGUGAGGACAGAGGAUGACCCUUGGAAGGAUUAAAUCGGUUCCUUGAGAUUAUUUGUGGAUUAGGCCAAGGUGAUGAGAAGGGGCCAAGGUGAUGAGAAGGGGAGUAGUGUAGGUUGAGGGUAUUAAUUUUGUCAUAACUAUCAGCGAGAACGAAAAAUUCCUCAUAUAUUGGAUGCCACGUAGGCGUUCAAUUAUUUAUAAAUUGGCAUUGCAUCAGUGAAUUAUUAAUUAAAGGUAUAAUCAUUAUGUUGGCUGAAA